ACAUGGCGGAGGUCAGGCUGCUGUUCGGCCGAGGAGCCGGUAGCCUGUGGCCUCCGACCCGGCAUCUUCCCCAUGCGGCCCCUAAUAAAAGAAGGCUGGCUGUUGGUGUAACUCGGACGCUUUGCCCCUUGACCAGAGUUUCCUGUAGUCACUUAAACAUAAGGAGGUGUUACAGGAGCACUAAUGGACACAGCGCCGAGGAAACUCCCUUAUACAAAUCUAAAAGUGCUUACUACAACAUCCUGGAGGUUUCUCAGAACGCCACACAGGCUCAGAUCAAGACGGCCUACUACAAACAGUCCUUCAUCUACCACCCGGAUAAAAACUCGGGCAGCGAGCAGGCCGCCUUCCGUUUCUCUCAGAUCAGCGAGGCCUACGACGUUCUGGGUAACAAAGCUCUCCGGAGGAAAUACGACCUGGGGAUCCUCAGCCAGGCCGACGUGAAGGGAUCCACGAAACCUACUUCAGCCAAAGAGACGCCGGGCAAAGCGUCAGGUGAUCCUGCGAGAGGUCAUAGCCAGUCCCCGUCCGCCGAGCUGAACUCUCAGAACGUGUUUGAUUUCGAUACCUUCUACCGGGCGCAUUACGGGGAGCAGCUCCAGCGCCAGCAGAGCAUCCGAGCUCGCCUGGAGAUCAAGAAGAAGGAGGUGGAAGCCUUUCAGGACCGCAAACUGGGACGGAUGUCAGAAAUAGCCGUCAGUAUCAUGCUAGCCAUGGCGGCUGCUAUUCUGUUAAGUCUGCGGUAGACAAAGCGAUGACCUCAACCACGUUCAGUACCUUUGGGAUGAAUCGGAACCUUGAUUGCGAGCCAGGACUUCUUGCUAACAGUAGUGCCUGACAGACACACUACAUAAACUUGUGGAAAACCUCCCAGAAGAGUGAAGGCUGUUAUAGCAGUAAUGAAGGGAUUGAAAUGGUGUCCGGAUACUUUUGGUGAUUUAGUGUAAAUACAGAGCAGUAAAUUCACGUCUGAUCUUUUAAUCUUGUAUUAAUAUUUUAUAUGUUUUGGAGCAAAUGCGCCAGAACUGCACCAAUAUGGUUUAAUAAAGUCAUAAAUUAAAUGUGUGCGCAUGCGGUAGGUGGAUUGUGCCUAAACAUCACACAAACUCUCAACCCAAGAUUUAUUUUAUGUGAAUUAAAGUUGUUUAUUUUAA